UUCGCAUUUCAUUUUUUUUUUUCAUAAAAAAAUUUGAUUUUUCCGUUUCUUGAUUCACCUUCUGUUAUCAUUGUGCCCUAGAUCCAUGUCUUCCUUCUUCUUCAGGCCCCAGUUCACUCCAUAAGCUUCAGCCUUCACUCUCUUUUUCCCUCUAUCUGCAUUUUUUCCCCAUUUUUUCUAAGCCUUUUUCUCGCCUAGGGAACCUGAAACUGCUUCGAGGGUCAUCCCUUUUGUUCAUCAUUAGCUUUUUGAUUCUGCAAGAUUUUGGGGGUUUAGUUGCGGAAAUUGCUUUGGUUUUUUGCUGCUGCAAAAGGGGGGUUGCUAUUCUGGCUGAGUUGGGUUUUACUGCAAUUUAAUGCUGAAGGGUAAUUGCAGUUGCAAUGAGUUGAGUUGUGGGUGUUUUAGGUUUAAUUUUUGAGCUUCUUUUGUUGAGUUUCCACGAUAUGGGAAUGUUAGAAGAGGAGGAUAUAUCAGUAAUGAAUGAUUUUGAAGGGUGAAUAUUGAUUCUGAAAGAGGAUUUUGUUGGGGGUGGUUUUAUUACAUUAUGGGUUGCGUUUGUUGUAAGCCCUCUGCUAUAGAAGAUAGCAAGGAGAGCCCAAGGGAGAGAUUGUCAAGUAAGACCUCCUCCGACCUGCGGGUGGCAAGAGUGACUUCGUCAUCGAGGGAGGAAGCUUAUCGAUCUAAAGAUCAGCAUGAUGGUAAUGAUGCAAGAGUGGUGUUGAUUGACAAGCAGGUGAAUGGGUCGGGUCGACUGCAGAGUGAGAAUCUUGAGAGGAAGCGAGAGAAGAUGGAGUAUCUGGGUGCUCAACAUCCUGCAAUGGGUAGAAUUCCGAAGGCAGCAGAGGGGGAUCACAUUGCUGCAGGGUGGCCACCGUGGCUGGCUGCAGUUGCUGGAGAGGCAAUCAGAGGGUGGUUACCCCGACGGGCCGAUUCUUUUGAGAAAUUGGAUAAAAUUGGCCAAGGAACUUAUAGUAAUGUAUAUAGGGCUCGUGACCUUGACCAAAAGAAAAUUGUUGCUCUGAAGAAAGUAAGGUUUGACAACCUGGAACCUGAGAGUGUGCGCUUUAUGGCAAGGGAAAUCCACAUUUUGCGAAGACUUGAUCAUCCGAAUGUGAUAAAGUUAGAAGGUCUAGUUACAUCAAGGAUGUCUUGCAGCCUCUAUCUUGUUUUUGAGUACAUGGAACAUGACUUGGCUGGACUAGCUUCACACCCUGGUCUGAAGUUUACAGAAUCUCAGGUCAAAUGUUACAUGCAACAACUUUUACGUGGCCUUGAUCAUUGCCACAGUCAUGGAGUUCUACACCGUGAUAUAAAGGGCUCCAAUCUUUUGAUUGACAAUAAUGGCAUUUUGAAAAUUGCAGACUUUGGUCUAGCAAGUUUUUUUGAUAUCCACCAAAAUCAGCCACUGACAAGCCGGGUUGUAACUCUUUGGUAUCGACCACCUGAGCUUUUACUUGGUGCCACGUAUUAUGGUACAGCUGUAGAUUUGUGGAGCACUGGCUGCAUACUCGCUGAAUUGUAUGCUGGCAAGCCCAUUAUGCCAGGAAGAACAGAGGUGGAACAGCUACAUAAAAUAUUUAAGCUAUGUGGCUCACCAUCAGAGGAUUAUUGGAGAAAAUCAAGGUUGCCACAUGCGACCAUAUUUAAGCCCCAACAGCCCUAUAGGCGCUGUGUUGCAGACACAUUUAAGGAUUUCCCUGCACCAGCUUUAGCUCUUAUUGAGACGUUACUCUCUAUAGAUCCUGCUGAUCGUGGGUCUGCUGCUCUUGCCCUUAAAAGCGAAUUCUUUUCAACAAAGCCACUUCCGUGUGAUCCUUCUAGCUUGCCGAAGUAUCCUCCCAGCAAAGAAUUUGAUGCUAAGAUAAGGGAUGAGGAGGCCAGAAGACAAGGAGCAGUUGGAAGCAAGGGACAUCGACUAGACCUCCAAAGGAAAGAUAGAGAGUCUCGAGCCGUCCCUGCACCAGAUGCCAAUGCUGAGUUAGCCUCGUCAAUGCAGAAAAGACAAGGCCAGUCAAAUUCGAAGAGCCGGAGCGAGAAGUUUAACCCACAUCCCGAAGAAGCAUCUGGCUUCCCAAUUGAUCCACCUAGACCUUCACAAGGAGCAGAUGUAAGACUGGAUUCUCAGGGGCGUCAUCCCAAGAAAGCCUCACAUUCAGGGCCACUUGCUCAGCGGGCUGCUUGGGCAAAGGCCAGUAAGAACCCAGAUGAUGCUCCAAAAAUCUCAACCGGGGCCGACUCUUUCACAACUACAGGACUAGUAGCAGCUAGAAGAAGUAUGCUGGCAGAAGAUUGCAGGGAAAAAUCUGACUCUUCACAAGGAGAGGUUCAAAAACUAAUCGGCAGGUUUCCCGGUUCCUUCAAAGAAACCUCAGAGUCGUCGAUGGUACCAGAUCAGAAGUUCUCAAAUCAUAGUAUUGUAGGCUCACACGACAAAGAAAGGAGCAGCACCAAAGACCCUAUUCUUGUAGGUUAUGGCUCAAAGGGUCAUAAGAUUCAUUACUCUGGUCCAUUGCUGGUUCCUUCUGGCAACAUGGACCAAAUGUUGAAGGACCACGAUCGUCAUAUCCAAGAAGCCGUAAGACGGGCUCGGCUUGACAAAGCUAAGGGACGGAAAGUUCAAGCUGACGGGAAACAGAUGUCAACAAAUUCAUUAUUCGUAUCUGGUCGUUAAGCGGGGCGAUGGGUAGAUAUCCAAAAGACAGCAAAUGGUAGAGUUCAUUGUUAGGGUAAGCUGAUAUUACUUCAGAAAUGUGAUCAAAUGAUUGGCUGGUGGUGGUCUUGUACUUGUACAGGGAAGUCUUCCUAAGAAAUAUCGGGUCGGGUCGCGACUAUUUUUAGCUCUAGUAUUUUUUUUACUACGAAAAAAAGGGGGAAAAAACUUCCUCCCUUCUCGCACUCGAGCGUAAGGGUAACACGUGUAACUUGGUUGCAAAUGAUGUAGGGUCUAAAUAUUUUGGCCAUUGUAGAGAAUUUGUAUUUGAAUAUUGGCCUUAGGCUGUAUAGUUAAAGUGGAUAUGACAUUGUUUUUGUUUCAUUAUCUAGAGAAUUGUUGGACCAAAGAAGGAGAUGUUUACUCCUACAUUUUCUUAUUGGCAGGCAGAGGCAGGCCUUAUUUAGUAUUACCUCUUCAAAUUCAAAUC